AUUGACAUUAUAGGUCUUUUAAUUCGAGCCAAGUCGCGUUACAAUUAGUCCGCCAAACGAAAAGAGGGCCGACACUUCUGGAACAUAACAAAUGCUCACUGGCGCUCUGCCUGUGAUGAAUGAAAUCCGUAGUAAGGUUUAUUUUGUUUUUUAAGGCCAUUGUCAACCACAUGCGCGUAAACGUUGGAUAUAUAUACCAUGGACUAGCGGAGUCUACGAACCAAUUGGACUGAGUCUGCAAGAGGAACAACCUAAAAUUAUUUAAUGCCUCAACCAUAGGAUUAACAGAUUUAAUAGAAAAUAACCACAACGUAACCAAACAUGGGCUAUAUGGUGACAAUUACUUGUUUGAUUUUGUUGGAUUUAUUUUGUAACUUUGCCCACAGUUUUAGUACGUACCCCCGACGGUAUAACAGGGAGACCGAGGGAGGGGGCACCUGCCCCUCGCAGUGCCGGUGUAUGAACCUUCAUCAAAGGGGGACACGGGAUGUGCUGGACGCUGUGGAAGGAGGAAGCCGCUGGGGCGCCAAGGGGUUCAAAGAGCUGACCGAAAUGAUGGGUGAUGCCCCCGCGGACGAGGGACGAAGCAUGGUGUGCCAGGGUCUGCGGCGCCUCCCCUCUCCCAUACCCACAGACAUCACCAAGCUAACUAUCUACGGCGACAGCAGUACAGGUGUACCGGAAACGGUGGCAGACCAGCCCAGGGGUGACAUCCAGCGAGUUCCGCUUAUAUCCGAUACCCAGAUCCGUUACAUCGAGACCAACUCCUUCCUCGAGAACACGGACAUGAAAGAACUGACGAUGUCCGGAAACAACGUGGGCAUCCUGUACCCCUACACCUUCCAACACCUCCGUUCGCUGGAGGUUCUAAGUUUUCCAAACAAUAACGUGCGCCAUCUAUCGGCGGCUGUCUUUACCGGGCUUACGUCACUAAAGCAGCUCCAGUUGUCCGAUAAUAUGUUCAGAUUUCUACCAAGUACCGUAUUCGACAAUUUACAAGAGCUGAGAGUCCUGAAUUUGAAUGGUAACAAAAUUCGUUAUAUUCAAAGAAACCUUUUUGCGCCUCUAAUAAAAUUGGAGAUUUUGGAUCUGUCCAGGAACAACAUCACGGACCUUUUUGAUGACGUAUUCAGCACAAACACCGAAAUCAAAGAACUGCUACUUAACGGAAAUCGUCUUUGGAAAAUCCGCGCCACGUGGUUCGAUAAACUAACGAACCUUCGGAGCCUCUCGGUUCGAGGAAACGUCAUUAAGUCAAUCGAGUCUCAAACCUUUUCAAACCUCGUCAAUUUAGAAGAAUUACUGCUCUCUGCUAAUCAUAUUAACGAACUAAAAGAUAAUGCAUUUGAAAGUUUACAAAACUUAAAAAUUCUUGAUUUGGCCACGAAUGAUAUAACGGAUAUUCCAAAGAUGUCAUUUUUCGAGCUGGAAAGGUUAGAGGAAUUGUACCUCGGCGGAAACAAACUACAGACCAUUAAGAACGAUACCUUCCACUACGUCAAAUCUCUGAAAACGUUAGACAUUUCCCGAAAUCUAAUUGAAACUAUUGAAUACGGUGCUUUUCACAAACUCCGUUUUCUACAAGAACUUGACUUGUCACACAACAAGCUUAGAAAAAUUGAGAGUGACUUCGUCUUAGGGAUGACUGAACUUAAGGAUAUAAAUUUAGAAUACAACUUCAUCAGCGAAAUCGAAGGGGAAGCAUUCAAGACUAGCAGUGACUUCCGGUCCUCAAAGGUGUCCGUCCUUGAUCUCCAAGGCAACGAUUUACGAAAGAUAGGAGCGGAGAUUUUCAAGGGCCUUCCUCAAUUAAAGUCUCUUGACAUGGGAAAUAAUAAAUUAAGACGAGUGCACAGCAUGGCAUUCGCUAGCCUUAGCAACUUAAGAAAACUCACGUUAAGCAACAACAAAUUGAAAAAUAUCAAUAAUGGGUUGUUUUCUAACCUCGUGCGGUUACAGGAACUCGAUUUGUCCACUAACAAGUUCCAAUCAGUGCCCCCCAAUGCUUUCAGUGGCCUCACCGACCUUAAAGAUCUUAACGUCGCUUUUAACAACAUCCACGAUAUGUCUUCCAACGCCCUGGGGCACCUGCGUCACUUGGCCCUCCUUAAUAUGAAGGGCAACAAACUUCUUAACUUCAACUUCACGUGGAUAACCAACCUCCCCCAAUUGUCCAGCGUCGAUCUGUCCUCCAAUUACUUGUUCUGGGUAGAUCUUCCUGACACCGUUAAACUGAGCCUCAAGGAACUCUCCAUUGCUGAUAACAACCUUAAAACGGUGCCCGCGGGCCUGAAGAAGAUCCUCGCCCAGUCUGCUUUUGUGGACAUGACGGGGAAUGCUAUGGACUGUGACUGUAAGCUGAGGUGGCUAAUCGACCCCGCCCUCAGCACUGUUGUACACGUGGACAAGUUUGAGGACAUUAUCUGCAAAAGCCCGGAUCGACUUCACGGCCGUAAGUUAAAGCAUCUUGUGGACAGUGACUUGGAAUGCACAGAGAGCAAUCACCAGCAGCCACAGUCCACGCUGACGUGCGACGCCAUGACACUUCAACAACAGUCCUCGCUGUCGCCAAGACUUGGAAAUAAACUGUCUAUUAAGCGACAUGCUACAAUAUUGGACAACAACCUGCAGCCCAUCGCUAACGGUAUUGUGAUUGCCGACGGCUGGAUCCUGACGGUCGGGUCAGCGCUAGAGGGUGUGGCACAGGCGACGGUCAACUCCGGCUUCAGUGUCAGGAUCGGCCGCAGCAAGAAACCUGUCCGUGUCAUUCGAACCCUGUACCACCCACUGGUCCCCAUGAAGAUGCAUCAGUACAACGUAGCGCUGAUUCGAUACGUCGGCGGGAAAAAGACAAAGGACGUCGAUUAUCCUUGCUUUUUAACCCAAAACCAGUUUGAAUCUGUCUCCAAGAUCGUACGGAAAGUGUCGUUUACUACACGGCUCAGCACAAAGCGUCGCUAUGCCAAACUAAAGCCUAAGAAGGGCCGUCUCUCCCGAGCGUGUGUCAGCGAAAAGUUUAUCUGCUCCAAAGUAAAAGCUGGAAAGCAAAAGAAAAAUGAAAGUCUGCUUAUUGAUGGGUCCCCGCUAUACCUGGGACGACCCGGAGAUUCCCGGAUGGCUGGUCUUGGGGUCUACAUGAAGACCUCUAACUUAUUUGAAUACGCUUUCAUUCCUAUUUGGUCAGUGUCAGAUUGGAUAGGGACAGUUAUGAAAGAAUUUGACUCAAAAUGUACAAUAAACAGGAGAGGUGCAACCUGUGAACAUCUACAGCUGCCAUCCAUAGAAGACAUGAUAAUGGAGCUGCAGCCAAUGGAAGAGCACUAGGGCAGUGACGUCAUACACGACGUCAUUUCCUCUACCUUAUUGCAAGAAAUCCGUCAUAUCACCAAUCAGUUGCUCCAUUCAUUAUUUGAUUCACGUUUUUAUGUCAUGACGUUUAUACGCAUUUCACAUCAUUUUCCAAUGCGAUUUAAAAUUACACUUCAUGGGUGUAUUUUUAUUUUGUCUCAGUUACAUGUUGUUAGUAUAUCACCAUAUGGCAUUUUGUCUUAGUCAGUUGGUUGUUUAUUCUUAAUUUAUUUGAAUUUUGAUGUUGUGCAUCAAAGUAUAUAGUUCAUGGUCAAUAUGUGCCUAUGAAAGAUUUCAUAUUAUCAUGAAACUUAUUCUCUCAUCAGCUUGAAUGGCCGAGAGGCGCAUUGUAAAUAGUCAUUACACUCACACUCUGUAUUAAUUUAAGACUUCAUUAAAGUUGAAUGUUGUAUCUGUUAUCAUCCUGAAAAAUCGAGUCAUUAUUUUUUAUUAUUUUUUUUUUACAAAUAUCAGAAUGUUCAGAUCUUUGACAUUUUUAUAUUUUGUUAAUAAAAAUUGUUGAGCUUUUCA